UCUGCCCCCUCCCCCCUUCCCUUUCCACCCUCCUUUCCCUCCUUCCUUGCUGUGUUGCCAUGGUGCUGCCUUGUUGACAAAGAGUUGCUAUGGAUGGUGAGCGGCUGCCCAUGGUGGUGGAGGUGACCGGCCUGCUCCAGGACCCAGCUUUCCAUGUAGCCAAGUGCACAGCAGAGGCACUGAAGCUGAAGUUUCCAAGCAAGUUUGCAGAUCCUGUAGUACAUCCUUUAUUAGAAUUUGCAUGGGAUGAAUAUUUACAGAAGAAAAAGAAGGAGCUGAGAGGCGAGGUGUGGGGAUAUGCCUCCCGUGUGAUGUGCUUCGUUAAUGGAUGGCUGCUGGGCGAUGAGAAGCAGUUGCUCGAGUGGGCCUAUUGCAAAUGGGGCUACCGCGAUUUUAAGCCUGAGGCCCUUUACCAAGCAAUCACAGAGGAUUUCUACACCAAACACCUGAAGAGCAGCCAGCACGUGUUUGUGUAUUUGGACAUAGCCAUUGAGGAGCAGCCCAUUGGGACACUUCUGUUUGAGCUCUUUUCUGAUGUAUGCCCCAAAACCUGUGAGAAUUUCCGUGCUCUGUGUGAAGGAGGAGUGACGUCUGCCAGCAGUGGUCAAGAGCUCACUUACAAAAAUUCCUGUUUUCAUCGGUUUGUAAAACCCGUGUGGAUCCAAGGAGGAGACAUAACUGGGAAAGGAGAUGGAGGAGAGUCAAUUUAUGGUCCCACAUUUGAAGAUGAAAACUUUGCCAUCCCUCACAAGGGAAGAGGAGUCCUUGGGAUGGCUAACAAGGGCCGCCACAGCAAUGGCUCCCAGUUCUACAUCACACUCCAGCCAGUUCCCUACCUGGACAAAAAAUGUGUGGCUUUUGGCUGGAAAACCCAAUGGCAAAGCUGAGAGCUGCUGGGAUCUCUCAAGGACAAAGGCUGCAAAGAGGUGCUUGCAUAGCUUGGUGUCAGCUGAAGGUGUAUCCUAAUGGGCUUGGAGCAAAGCCUCUAGUUUCUGGUCAGCCCUCAAUGGCCAAGAUAAAUUGUUUUAGUGAAUGUCUGUCUCAGUAAAUUAAUGCAGGGCUGACUCUGUUGAGAUUUUCAGCUUUUCAUAAAUAUAAUGAGGAUGAUCAUUGCUCUGUGCAGUUUGCUUCAGAAAGAGAAAUAUGCUGUGCUGCUUUCAUGUCACUGUUACAGAUAGCAUUUUGGAAGGACAUGAAAAGCAUGACUGCCUAAGCUAUAGAGAGUAAGCCAAGUUGGUGGCUGGCUGGAUAGAUUUCCAACCCAUGGUGUUUACCUUCAAUUCCUGCCUUGCCACCAGCUGUGUAAUCUGGAAGGUGCAGGAUCCUUGAGCACAACUGACCUCCAUUACAAGGCUAAUCUCUGCAGGACAAGCUUUUAAUUAACAUAUAGAAAAACUGGAAAACGUUUUCGCUUGUAGCCAUCUCACUUUCAAAACAGAGGAAAAGUUCAGAUAAUUUGUGCUUUUAAUUAUCUAAGCCUUUUUCAAAAGAUCUUGAAAACUGUAAAGAUUGCAGAACGUUGGACUGUUUUCAAGGACUCAGGUUGGCACUGCAAAGGGAGGAAAUGAAAGGUAUUUCUCAGGGAAACACUUCCAAUAACUGUCACUUCUGAUAACACAGUUUUUUACUUCUUUCUCCUCAAAAUGAAUGGCCAUUCGUAGCUGGUACAAGGCUUGUUUCUUUAAAUAAAUGUAACUGCCAUACUCACUAUUUUCAUAUCCCCUAAAAAGCUAAAUAGCAACUAUUUAAUCAAGAACCAAUGGUGUUUUUUACCCCAUUGUAAAGAAUAGAGAGCAGAGCCUGCUUGGUUUUGUUAUGGUGGCUACAGAGCUGGCUUCAGGGACAGGGGAUACUGCUCAGGCAGCAAAGGUGGAUCAAAGCUGCUAUUCCUCCCUGCUGCAGGCAACUGAUUGAGGGCACAGAGGUUCUCCAGCGACUGGAAACUGUACCAACGUAUAAUGAAAGGCCUAGAGUGGCCUGCAAAGUUACAAAGUG